UUCAUACCAUAUAGUUCAGUAUUGCGGCGCCAUGACGUAAAAAAUCAUGGAGUGGCUAUGGACGAUCGCCGAACUCCUCGUCCUGGUAGCUCUGAUUCUUACUUUAGGCUUACCAUUGGCAGUCAUCAUCGUGGCUUUUAGAAGAAGAUGCAGUCACAUUAGCGCCGACGAUGCACAUCCUAUUUUCGAGGACCCUAAUUCUCUGAAACAGGUUCCCAGCCCUUCAAUCUUCGAUCCUGCUGAGAAGUACAUAUCUUUGAUAAUUCCUGCAUAUAAUGAAGAGCACAGGCUUCCUGGUGCUCUCAGUGAGACCAUGAAUUAUCUUCAACAACGUGCUGCAAAGGACAAGUCAUUUUCUUAUGAGGUGGUGAUAGUUGAUGAUGGGAGUGUUGAUGGGACAAAGAGAGUAGCUUUUGGCUUUGUAAGAAGGUACACGAUAGAAAAUGUGAGGGUCAUUCUUCUUGGAAGGAACCAUGGAAAAGGAGAAGCUAUAAGAAGAGGAAUGCUCCAUUCACGUGGUGAGCUACUUCUAAUGCUUGAUGCUGAUGGGGCAACUAAGAUUAAUGACCUAGAAAAGCUUGAAAACCAAAUACGUAGAGAAGCUAAAAAUGAACUUAAGCUUAGAGAUGGUGUGGAUAGUGGUUCGGUUUCAAGAAUCUCUGAUAUUCCAAUUGUUGCAUUUGGUUCUCGUGCACAUCUUGAGGAGAAGGCUCUGGCUACACGGAAGUGGUAUCGGAAUUUUCUUAUGAAGGGCUUCCAUGCUGUAGUUCUCUUGACUGCUGGUCGAGGAAUUCGUGAUACACAGUUGCAUAAGACAACUAAGCAUCAAUGUGGCUUUAAGAUGUUUACUAGGGCAGCAGCGAGGAAACUUUUCUCGAACAUCCGUUUGAAAAGGUGGUGCUUUGAUGUUGAGUUAGUCUACUUGUGUAAACAUUUUGGCAUCCGUAUGAUAGAGAUAUCUGUAAACUGGUCCGAGAUCCCUGGAUCGAAAGUGAAUCCGCUAAGCAUUCCCAACAUGCUUUGGGAGCUUUGCCUCGUGUCUAUCGGGUACAGGACCUAUAUGUGGAAAAUAUCUACCUGAGUUUGUUCAUUUUGAAGUAGAACCUAUAUUUAUCUCGGCAGUAUCCUCAAAGCAAUACAAAGUUGGAGAAGGAAAGCAUUAACCUUGGUGUCUUUGGGUUCCCUGAUUGACAAGUAAAGCCUUGCUUCAUGAGAGAAUGGGUUUUACUUGGUCGUCAGGUUUGAUGUUUUACAUGGGUAAUUUGUAUUUUGUAGCCUUAUUAAACAGUUGAACUUACUUUUGCCAAAAUUUGAUUCUCUGGAUUUACUUUUUAGGAAGGGAGAGGUCAAUUUGAAUGACAAAUUUUGGACAGGUGAGAUGCAACUA